UUUAUUUAUCACGUCUAACAAGUAAAACGUUGAAACGUUGAAACGCUUUCACAAAAAUUUAACAAAACAAAGAAGCAAAGAAAAUAACAAAAGCAACAACAAAAGCAGAUAGUAAAAGAAAAUAAUUUCUGCGUAAACUGAGAAAAAAUUCUAAUACGAAAGAAAAUCCAUCUCUAAAAUUAACCCCUAGGAAAAUUGAAUAAAUUGUCGAAAAAUAAGGGAAAAAACUUUAUAGAAAAGAAGAAAAUUUAACUCAGUUAUUAACCAUUACAAGAUUUCGCAAACGUACAUUUCUCAAACAACAUUUGAAGCAAAAAUCUAAACACUUUUGUGAUGAGUAUUUUUUUUUAUUUUUUUUUCUUAACGUUUGGAAAAAUGAUAUCAAAUAACAAUCAAUAAAUCGUUUAGGAAGUAAAUGAGUGGGAAGAGGGAGGAGAGAGAGAGAGAGAGAGAGAGAGAGAGCGAGUGAGACCAUCUGUAGCUUGAUAGCGAUGAUAACUCAGUUUUAGUCAACGACAAUAGCUACAAGUGAACAUUACUCGAAAUAUUCGGAAAUACGUUUGAUUCUCGGAAAUUAGAAGCAAAAUAAAAUUUUUUCGUCAAUUUUAUCCUCUUUCUGUUUGUUUAUUUAUUUUCUAUUAUAUAAUGGAAAUUUGAAUUCAGUAAAGUGCGCCGAAUUAAACAAAGAAAAUAUCAAAAAAAGACGAGAUUUUUAAUACAUUUUAAUUGUAAAAAUGGUUAUGUCGGAGUUGCGUUGGCAUACAGCACCGGAGGAUACAAAUAAUUCCUUAAAGCGGGAUAUGUUAAAAACAACGCCUACUACGACGCAUCAUUUCAAUCAAAAUCGAUAUAUAAGUCGUAUAUCACGAUCACCGUCGCCCAUGCAAUCGAAUGCUUCUGACUGUGAGGAUAAUACUUCAAGUGUAGGCAACUCAAGUGAUCGUUGCCGUUCGUCGCCGGUUAGUCCUUUGGGCUUAAGUCAUCCUCCUUUGAAACGUCGCCAGUUAUCGGCUUUACAUCCGCAUCCUUUGCAUAGCCUGCAUCACCAUUCGUCUCAUCAUUCCCACCAUCGCCACCACCACCACCACCACCACCACCACCAUCACCACCAACAGCAGCAGCAGCACCAUCAUCAGCAGCUUUCACCGCCCUCGCCUAGUCUUCAUUCUCCAAAGCUUUUGAAAUCCUCUAUAAAAAGUGAAAAUGAGGUGGAAGUAGUGGAGGAGGCAGCUUUAAAUUUAACUAGUGAAAAUUCCCGACAUAGCUCUCAGUCUCCUUCACCCUCUUUGAAAUGCCUUAAGAAUCCAGAAGCUCUUUCGCCGACUUGCAGUCAAAAUUCAUCGAUCCCUUUAACUGCUCCUAUUCCAUCGCGAAGUCCCGUGAUUCCUUUGCCCGCCAGUUUGAUUUCCCCUCAAACACAAUUCACUGCAACGGCCGGUUUGGGCAUAACUAACCCUUUAUUAGCUGGAACUGCUUUAGGUAAUCCUUUGGCUCCUCAUGAUUUCUCUCAAUUUCAUCAAGCCUUGCAACAGCAGCAAGUAGCCCUUCAACAGCAAUUUCAAAGUUAUUUAGAUAUACUAAGAAGCGGCUCCUUGGGCUUGAGUCAAGAUGAUCCCUCAGUUGCUGCUCAAGUGGCUACAGCCCAAUUCCUAUUGCAAAGACAAGCUUUAACCCAGGCAGCUCAGCAAUUAGAGGCUUUACAAAAACAACAAGAGUUCGCUCACCAUGAACGUUGCUCGUCUCUGCUGCAAACGACUGGCCAAUCCGAGCUUUUACAUAUGAAAAGUCUACAAACUUCUACACCCACACUAUCUCAUACUCCAGUGCAUAGUCCUGGAUCUUCGCCGCUGCCAAUUUAUAAUGCGGCCGCUGUCAGUGCGCAACAUAAAACUCCGUCUCCCUCUACGAGUGGCAGUAACCAUGUAAAAGUUAGCGGUCUUUUAACACCUAACACGCCCACAGGUGGUCCUCAAACCCCACAAAUACCUAAAAGUACAGCCAAUAAUGCAGUCAGGGCGGGAGAACCUUCUCCCGAGGAAACUACUGACUUAGAAGAGUUGGAACAAUUCGCUAAAACAUUUAAACAGCGUCGCAUUAAACUAGGUUUUACACAGGGUGAUGUGGGCUUAGCUAUGGGUAAAUUAUAUGGUAAUGACUUUUCUCAAACCACCAUUUCGCGUUUCGAAGCUUUAAAUCUGAGCUUCAAGAAUAUGUGCAAAUUGAAGCCUCUAUUGCAGAAAUGGCUAGAUGACGCCGACCGUACCAUACAAGCGACUGGCGGUAUCUUCGAUCCUGCUGCUCUUCAAACUACAGUUACUACCCCUGAAAUAAUGGGACGGCGACGCAAAAAACGCACCUCUAUUGAAACUUCUAUACGCGGCGCUCUCGAGAGUUCUUUUAUGAUGAAUCAAAAACCCACUAGCGAAGAGAUCAGCCAAUUGGCCGAUCGUUUGUGUAUGGAGAAGGAAGUAGUUCGCGUAUGGUUUUGUAAUCGUCGUCAAAAAGAGAAACGCAUUAAUCCAUCAAUGGACAGUCCAACCGAAGCUAACGGGGACGAAUCACCCUACAUGAUGAUGUAAAAUGAAGCAAAAAAACUUUAAGAAGAUACAGGGCAUUGAGGCAAUGAUUACGCAUUUCAGUUUUGGUAGAAAAGUGUACAAGAAAGAGAUUUCACAUGUAUUUCAAUACAAUCUGAAGAUUAUCGCAAUCGAAUUAUCCGUAAGUCAUUAAUGAAGGAAAAAAAAAAACAACAAAUUUGCAGUGAAGGAAUAUGUAGGUUAAUAAACACGAAGCAAACACUUUGUUAUGUUCACUAAACUUUUAGAAACGUAAGCAAGAGAGAGAGAGAGAG